UACUGAUCAUGCUGCACGCUGAGGAGCAUCUUGAGAGAACUUGCUUCAGGUCUGCCUUUGGUAUUCAGAGAGUUCAAGGAAGAUUUACUAUCUGCAACUGACUUCUGGAUCUGCCUGCAUGUCUAUUGCCUGAAGAUAAAUCCUCAGCAAAGCUUGCUGGGCCUUCCUCCUGCACACCCCAGCACCCCCCGCCCAGACCACACCCAGGACCCAGCUUCUGUCUUCACUAUAUCUUCACACACAGACACCCCAGCCAUUUCUUCCUUGUCCUUGGAGAACAGCACUUCAGAAGAGGGUCAUGGCCCCUUCACAGAUCUUCUGGAUAUGGCUGCUGGUGGCAGGGACUCAAGGUGUGAAAGAUGGGGACAUGCGACUGGUUGACGGCAAGGGGGCCAAUGAAGGCCGAGUGGAGAUCUUUUACAGCGGCCAGUGGGGCACAGUCUGUGACGACCAGUGGGACCUGUUGGAUGCUAAUGUUGUUUGCCAUGCCCUGGGUUUUGAGAAUGCCACUCAAGCUCUGGGCAGAGCCGCCUUUGGACCAGGAAGUGGCCCUAUCCUGUUGGAUGAGAUGGAGUGCAUGGGAACAGAGCCCUCCCUGGCCAACUGCAAGUCCCUGGGCUGGCUGCUGAGCAACUGCAGGCAUGAAGAGGAUGCUGGCGUCAUCUGUGGCCAUAAAACCAGAGCCAUCCAUAUCCUGGACCUGUCCAGUGAGCUGCCCAAGGAUCUCAGACAGAUCUUUGACAGCCAGAGUGACUGUGACCUUUCUAUCUGGGUGAAGGUGAAAAAGGAGGAAACCGAGGAGGAGGAGGUAAAGAAGGACUUGAGCAUCUGUGCACAUAAACUGAUCCUGUCUGCCAACCCUGAGGCCCAGGCCCUGCUGAGAGGGCCAGGCAAUGUGAUCACCCUGCAGGUGGACUCUGAGUGCAUGCCAUUCAUUACAGACUUCAUCAGAUACUUCUACUCCCGAAGGAUAGAUGUUUCCCUGUCCUCGGUGAAGUGCUUCCACAAGCUAGCAUCUGCCAAUGGGGCUGAGCAGCUGCAGGUUUACUGUGACCACCGCUUUGCCACACUUCUGCUUCAGGACCCCUCUUUCCAGUUGCCCCUGGACCUUUAUACCUAUGCUCUGGCCAUGCAGAACUCCAAGCUGGAGGGGGUUUGUGUGCAGUUCCUAGCUUGGAACUUUGAGGCGCUAAUGCAAGCCAAGGUCUGGCCAUAUGUGCCAGUAUCCUUGCUCCAGGAUCUGCUGUCCAGGAGUGAGCUUGCUGUGCCCAGUGAAUAUGCUCUGCUGCAGGCUCUGGACAUAUGGAGCAGGGAGAAUCACACCUCUCCUGAGGAAAUAGUGAGCCUGCUGGAAAAGGUUCGCUUCCCUAUGCUGCUGCCUGAGGACCUCUUCAAGUUGCAGUUCAACCUUUCCUUAUACUGGAACCAUGAGGCACUCUUCCAGAAGAAGAUUAUGCAGGCCCUGGAAUUCCAUACUGUGCCUUUCCUGCUGCUGACCCAGUACAGAGGCUUGAAACUCUCCAUGGACACCUAUAAACCCCGGCUUUAUACUUCUGCUACAUGGAGCACCUCUAUUAUGGACAUUUUCUCUAAGGCCCAGGGCUCUUCAUUCAUAGAAAAGGACCACUAUUAUAGACCAUAUACAUCCUCCUGGUACCCCCAGUACAAAUUUCCACAGGUCACAUCUUCUCACUCCCAGUUCUUCCAGACACCCCAACACACCAGCUUCCUCUUCCAGAACAAGCACAUUUCCUGGUCUUUUAGAUAUCUUGCCACCCCCCAGAACUGCUGGGACUAUGGGGGGUUCUCAUGUUCCUCCACUGAGCUCCCUCUUCUGGGGCUCUCCAAGUCUGGCUACUCAGAUCCUGCCAUUGGCUAUGAAAACAAAGCCCUGAUGAUCUGUAGGGGGAACUUUGUAGCUGCAGUUUCUGAUUUCAAGGAACAGAAGGCCAUGAUCCCUGAACCCUUAAGCACCAGUGAGUCCAGGAAUGCUUCCUUCUUUCCCUGCCCAGCAGGCUUUUUCAGCAGCUUCCGUAUGGUCAUCCGUCCCUUUUACCUGACCAACUCCAUGAACCUGAGCUAGUCAGGAGGCUGGGGAGGAGGUGUCAUUACCUUCCAUCUAAGGAGUAAUUUUCACCCAGUAUUAAGCAUCUUAUGCUAUUGUGCUAUUGGAAAACUAUAUCAUUUUUCAAAGAAUCCUCUAGAAAUUCACCCUUUCAUGUGGUACAAAGAUUCUUGUGAUAAUUUUUCUCAAAACCAUACAAGUUGAAAUUAUUGAAUAAAACUCAUUUGAACACACUGUAA